CUCAAGUUUUACUUAUUAUUUUAACAGUCUAAGACUAUGUUUAAUGUUUCAGAGACACCCACAUGCAGCAUCACCAGUAAGGAGGACACUGAUGUACUUGUCCAGUAUCAGGACCUGGCCCUUACAGUGGACGUACGAGACUACUACUGCUCCACCGCCAACAACGUCUCCCUCCAGACCGGGGAUGUGACAACCCUGCUGAUGGAAGCUGACUCUGUACCAAAUGUCUCUGACAACACUUCAUCAGUAACAUUAAAUGUGACGGACUCCCAUCUGGGUACAGUAGGGCUGGCGUUUACAUGCUACAACAGUCAGCGGGAUCUUUCGUGUGGCGGUGUGAAUAAACUCGCUCCAAGGACACCAACAUGCGACAUCACCAGUGACAAGGACACAGAGACGCUUACCCUACAAGAGGAAGUGACACUGACCGUGAACAUUACUGCGUAUUACGACAUACGAGGCUCCUACUGUUCUGCCGAAUCAAACUUCACACUGCAGACCGGGGAUGUCAAACAAAUUCUAAAUGUUGGUGAUCAAGGUCUUCAACCAGUAACCUUUAAUGUGACCAAAACACACCUGGGUGGUGUAAGGCUGGUAUUCAACUGUCAAGACGACCACCGGAAUCUCAGCUGCGAUGGUGUAACCGAACUCAAUAACAAAAUGAAAGCACGUGAUGAAGUAGCCACAUCCUCAAUUCCAAUCAUCAUUACUGCUGUCGUUGUCAGCCUCGUUUCAAUCGUCAUCAUCGUUUUUGUCGUCAAAAGAAAGGUAAAUCGAAUAAAACAACGCUCGUCAGUUAAGUCUUGUUCUCCUCCGUGCAUAACUGUGGGGUAACCCGUCAGUGCUGCAUAUGCUACCGUGGAGGUGAAUAACUCCAUACCACCAGCAUCGGGUCCAGGUGGAUACCGCAAGGUAGUUGUGAUCGAUGCAGAAGGCUAUGCCUGUGCCGGAGACGUCGUCACUAACGCCGAAAACAUAUCUCCUUCGCCGCCAAGUGAUGAAUCUGACGAAGAAUCUGCAGCAUCCGCAGGCAUGCCUAAGAAGGAGAUAGCUGUUAUUGUACAAAAGAUUGUCCCCCAAGAUGAUCAGACAUGUAUUAAUGAACUGUAUACCUCUGUAAAAAAUCCGAGGGAUACG